AGCCGGGCGGUAGCGAUUGUUUUGCUUUUGCUCGCGAAAUCAGUGCUUCGUUUUUGCAACAGUGUCAAACCAAAAAAUGGAUAAUCUUUCACAAAAGCAAUACAAUCUUAAAACGUUCGCGAAACGCAAUAGUAUUUGCCAACAAGCCCCACUCGCGACACGCUCCCCCCAAGCAUCAAACAGCUGUUCCAACAUGUAAACAACGGCCGAAACGUCAAACCCUUUGUUCCACCGUGAGCAGCUGUCAGAAAGGCGAACAAAUAAAGCGUAGCUGUUUCCGCGAGAGUCGUCCGCGGUCGCCCUGUCUUUUCGUUUGUUGCCCUUUGGUGCAUUCGCUCACUUUCUUCGUACCGUAGUGCAAAACCGUGCGUGCAUCCGUGUGUGUGUGUCUGUGUUUCGGUCCCUUGUUUUCCCGUGUGUGGUUCUCCCUUCCGGUGUGUGUGUGUUGCUCCGUACCCCCGUUUCGGCAGACCCGGACGGCCCUUCCCGUGUGUCGCAGUGUCCUUCGCGAAUGUGCGGCUGUGCGUGAACCCGUGUGCCACACUGCGGCACCGUAAGUGUUGCCGGGUCAGUUAAGGCGGCGAGUUCGACUGUCCAACCACAAGCAUCAAGCAACGCUGCUCAGCACCAAUCAACCCGAACGCCACACAAGCACAGCACCAGGCGACCAGCUAGCGCUCUCCAGCAAGGGAACGGAAAAGAAGAAAACACACUUGUCCCAUCAGCAAACAAAAGAGAAGAAAAAAAGAACAAAGCCACUGGGUUUUAUCUCGGCCCACUGCCGUUCUAUGCCGUUCUAUCCCCUCCCCUCAAGAUUACAGGGAAAAAAAAUGAUGCAACCAGCAACGACAAAACCUCAAAAAGAGCGAAGCAUCGAAAAUCGAGCCGAUUCCGACCCGUCAAGGCAUCGAUUUUCCUUCCAAGCGCGGCUUGGCAAGGAUCAACCCUAUCGUCUGGCCGUACACUGAGCGGAUGACGGCUGCAUCCAAAACCGCGGAACCGGAAACACGAUCCCGAUCCCGAACCAAGGAGCUAACUCAACUCGACUCGCCCUACCCCGGCAGCGGCCCGGAGACCCCCAAGCGCACCAUGUACUAUCCGACGGCGGAUCUACCGUCGCCGCAAACCUUCCCCACGGCCGGCGGCGGCGGCGGUAUGGCGGCGGGCGAAGGACAUGUGAAAAAGUACUACCGCAAAGCCGAGCACAGAAUCUUCGUCAACCGGUCGAUGCACCUGGAGAACAUCAAGUUCUACGGCUUCGACAUGGACUACACGAUCGCGGAGUACAAGUCGCCCCAGUACGAGCAGCUCGGGUUCGAUCUGGUGAAGGAGCGGCUGGUCAGCCUCGGCUACCCGGCCGAGAUCCGGCAGUUCGAGUACGAUCCGUCCUUCCCGGUGCGCGGCCUCUGGUUCGACUCGCUGUACGGCAACCUGCUGAAGGUGGACGCGUACGGCAACAUCCUCGUGUGCGUGCACGGUUUCGAGUUCCUCAAGCACCACCAGGUGUACGAGCUGUACCCGAACAAGUUCCUGCAGCUGGACGAGAGCCGCGUGUACGUGCUGAACACGCUGUUCAAUCUGCCCGAGACGUACCUGUUCGCGUGCCUGGUCGACUUCUUCACCCACUCGCCCCAGUACGCGGAGCAGGUCGACCGUACCGGCGUCAAGUACGGCGAGCUGUUCAUGUCGUUCAAGUCGAUCUUCCAGGACGUGCGCGGUGCCGUCGACUGGGUGCACAUCUACGGUGAUCUCAAGAAGAAGACGCUCGAGAACCUGGACGAGUACGUGAAGAAGGACGAGCGGCUGCCGAUGGUGCUGUCCCGCAUCCGCGAGUCCGGCGCGAAGCUCUUCCUGCUGACGAACAGCGACUACAUGUUCACCGACCGCAUCAUGACGUUCCUGUUCGACUUCCCGCACGGCGGCAAGCCGGACGAGCCGCACCGGGACUGGAAGACGUACUUCGACACGAUCGUGGUGGACGCCCGCAAGCCGCUGUUCUUCGGCGAGGGCACGAUCCUGCGCCAGGUCGACACGAGCACGGGCGCGCUGAAGGUCGGCACGCACAUGGGCCCGCUGCAGGCGAACCAGGUGUACUCGGGCGGCUCGUGCGACGUGUUCACCAAGCUGAUCGGCGCGAAGGGCAAGGACGUGCUGUACAUCGGCGACCACAUCUUCGGCGACAUCCUGAAGAGCAAGAAGAUACGGGGCUGGCGCACCUUCCUGAUCGUGCCGGAGCUGGUGCAGGAGCUGCACGUGUGGACGGACAAGUGCCAGCUGUUCGCGCAGCUCCAGCAGCUGGACGUCCGGCUGGGCGACCUGUACAAAAACCUCGACUCGAGCGCGAAGGAAAAGCCCGACAUCCGGUCGGUGCGGACCGCGAUCCGGGACGUGACGCACAAGAUGGACCUGGCGUACGGCAUGAUGGGUUCGCUGUUCCGCUCCGGCUCCCGCCAGACGUUCUUCGCCGGGCAGGUCGUCCGGUACGCGGACCUGUACGCCGCCACCAUCCUCAACCUGAUGUACUACCCGUUCUCGUACAUGUUCCGGGCGCCGGCGAUGCUGCUGCCGCACGAGUCGACCGUCGCGCACGAGCAGCGCUUCACGCUGGACGCACCGAUGAUCCAGCGCACCCGGCCGCCCCGCGCCGAGCUGCAGCUGUCGGCGGCCGCCGCGGCCCCACCGCCCCACGAGCUGGACGACGAGGAGGAGGGUGCCGAGGGCGACGCCGAUGCACGCGGGGACGAGUCGAAGGAGGUGGGACGGCUGCUGCUGGGCACACCGCAGCCUUCCUCGCUCCCGUCCGCCACCGGGUCGGAGCUGAGCGUGUCCGUGCCGCACACGCGCCCCGAAACGCCCCGCUCGGUCACGCACACGCACGACGAGGACUACUCGGACGAGGACAGCGACGACCAGAAGCGCACCAAGGGCGGUGAAGCGCGCGGCGCCGGCGAUGGCCCUGCAUCCGCCCAGGCAUAAAGAAGAAGAAGAAGAAGAAAACAACCCCCUCCCCCCCUUUACACCACGUGUCUGCGUGUGUGUUUAUUCUAUUUCUUUCCUUUUUUGCUGUUUUGGUACGAUUUUUCCCACUAAAAAAAACGGAAGGAGCGAAAGGCAGGCAGAGGCAAACAAAAAACAAACAGAGCCGUGCUACGCACAAAAACCAUUCUUUUCAAGGCGCCUGCUGCUGCUGCUGCUGCUGCUCCUUUCUACUCCUUCCUAUUUUUAUUUUUUACAAUUUAAAAUGAUUUCCCACUGCUAGCCCGCCGUCUAACAACUAUGCCAUCUGUUAAUUUAUUUUGCAUAGAUCAGCUUGCUCAUUAGACGAGUUGCCCAGCACCCGGGCGGAAAGCAUAGCAUAGCGAAGGCAAGCGGCUGCUAUUUCAUUUCCUCAACUCAACUGCUCGGCAAAGUGGUGACAAUGUUUAGUUUUUAGCUUCGUUGGUCCCUGCACCUCUCACCCUGAGAGAGAGAGAGAGAAAGAGAGAGGGAGAGACGGGGAGUAGGAGGUGGAGGGGGGGUGAAUGGUGUGUAGGGCUUGUUGUGGUGUUGUUAAGAAUGUAGCUGUUAAACUCGCGUACGUUACAGGGAGCUUAAGUAACAUGUUUAAAAUAUAUAUAUAUAAAUACUAGACAGAGAUAGAGAGAGAGAAAAAGAGAGAGAGAGAGAGAGAGAGAGAGAGAGAGAUUUUCUAGCGAGAGAUGCGUUCGUACAAAGGAAGACAGGUUAUUCUUCCCCUUUCGCAGCUAGUAGUAAGGUGGAUGAAGGUUUAGUUUUAAAGCAAACAACCCAAAAGCAAAAGCACCCACACACACGCGCGCUCGCGGUGAAUGUACACGUACCCUAGUAAAAUAGGCAGCGAAUCUCUUGGCCAGAAAUAUCCGGAUGUUGGGGAAUAUUUGGACAAAAAAAAGGACAACAAAUGGUGAAAGAACAGACCCCGUAAAACGCGUUCUUUUGCUGCGCGCGUGUAUGUGUGUGUGUGUUUUGAGUGAGUUUUUGGUUUGUGCCUUUUCUUGCCCGUUACAAUUUCAACCACCUGCAUUGAUUGAAUGGUGAAUGGUGAAUGGUGGGGAUGGAGGGAAAUCCGGAAGUACGCCAGUAACACAAAGAAAUAAUACUAGUACACAGGAACGUUUCGGUGGUUGCUACUCUUUCGUUUUACUAUAUACAGGCAAAGGCAGACAAGCGUUUAGCGUAUAAUACAACAAAACAAAACAAGCAAUAAGAACGCCGUCAUGCAGCAAACAAAAAAAAAGAAGCAACAUAAAAACCGGCUGUUCAUGCUCAAUUCAUUCGCUCGUUCUGGUGCUUGCGCCUUCUACACUACGCUCCUUCUCAAACAUUUCUCCUUCAGGGCCGUUGUCCAGAGUGUCCAUCUUUAGGGUUUUAGUUGCAUUUUUUUUUUUUACAAAUCAAACUGAUCGUUUCUGCGCGGUUUUCCCCGGGCUUCCGGGUACGUACGUGGAAGCUCGGAAGCGGAGAAGGAGAUUCAACCCACUAUCCCUUCCCAUCGCAGAGAUAGCCACAAAAUAGCCAACAAACAAAAAAUGCAACAACAAAAAAGCGUUAGGCUAAUUAUAUGCCGUUAGAAACCACAACAGUAAAACAAUGUAAUAAAGAGUUUGUUGAAACGUUA